AAUUAUCAUGAGGAAGAAGAAGAGCAAUGCUCGAGAUCCCAACAUCUUAAACAGCAAAAAUAAAGAGCCCAUUUCCAACUAUACUGGUCUUGUUCUCCUCUUAUUUUCCUCUCUCACGGCAACCACAAAAGCAAUAGCAACAGCUCCCCCUCUUUCUUCUUCUCUCUCAAAACCUCCUCCUCUCCCUAUUUUACCUCUGCCCUCAGCAGCCCAGCUCUCAUGGCAGCUGGGAGAAAUGGCUCUCUUCCUCCAUUUUGGAACUAAUACCUUCACCGACUCUGAAUGGGGCACUGGCCACGCCGAUCCUUCCAUCUUCAAUCCAACCAGACUUGACGCCCGCCAAUGGGUUAGCGUCGCCAAGAACGCUGGCUUCUCCCGUGUGAUUCUCACUGCCAAGCACCAUGACGGUUUCUGCCUCUGGCCCUCCAUCUAUACCGAUUACUCUGUCUGCUCCAGCUCUUGGAAGAACGGUUCCGGUAACGUUCUGGCUGAAUUAGCUGACGCUGCUAGGGAGGCUGGUAUCGAUUUGGGUCUCUACCUCUCGCCUUGGGAUCGUCACGAGGCUUCUUAUGGCAAGACUCUUGAGUAUAAUGAGUUCUAUAUGGCCCAGAUGUCUGAAUUACUCACAGGAUAUGGGGGGGUCAAGGAGGUGUGGUUGGAUGGUGCUAAAGGAGAGGGAGAAAAGGACAUGGAAUACUUCUUUGAUUCUUGGUUUAGUUUCAUUCAUCAACUACAACCUGGGGCUGCCAUAUUCUCAGAUGCUGGUCCGGACACCAGGUGGAUAGGGGAUGAAGCUGGUGUUGCUGGUUCUACUUGCUGGUCCCUCUUCAACCGAAGCUCUGCCAAGAUUGGUGACACCGAUCCCCAGUAUUCUCGUGACGGAGACCCAUAUGGUCAUGAUUGGGUUCCUGCAGAGUGUGAUGUAUCCAUCAGGCCUGGUUGGUUUUGGCAUUCUUCGGAGCGCCCGAAGUCUGCAAUCACUUUGCUUGACAUAUAUUACAAAUCAGUUGGAAGAAACUGUCUCCUCUUACUGAAUGUCCCGCCAAAUUCAUCAGGCCUUAUUUCAGACGAGGACAUUCAAGUGCUUGAAGAAUUUACCAAAAUUCGACACACCAUAUUCUCCUCCAACUUGGCCAAGAAUGCCAUUCUUACUGCUAAUAGCAGACGUGGAGGCAUUAGUGAUUCUCGGUUUGACCCACUCCAUGUCCUUGAAGAAGGCAUUUUCUCUUACUGGGCACCUGAAGAGCAUCAAUCUGAUUGGGUUUUAAAUCUGGACUUCGGCAAAUCUAUAUCAUUUAACGUCCUGCAAAUUCAGGAACCCAUUCACAUGGGACAGCGGAUUAGUGAGUUCCAUCUUGAUAUUUGUACUGAAGAAGGUGAGUGGAAGAUGGUAACAAAUGGCACAACCAUCGGAUACCGAAGGCUGCUUCAAUUUUUGACUGUAAAAUCACAGUAUUUGAGGUUCGUCAUUGACAAGUCCCGGGCAGACGUAGACCCACUAAUUUCUUAUCUGGGGAUUUACCUCGAUCCUUUUUCCAUUGUGAAUGAUGCAUCUGGUGCAAGCUCACAGCUUUACUUCAAUGGCACUGAAGUAAUUCAGCUGAAAGCUUACAACCAUUCUCUCAGUGCGAAGAUGUAGAUUUUGAAGAUUGUGGCAAACUAAUUUUUUCGCUUCUGCAGAAGCUAGAAACACUGGCGGAGUGAAGAGACAGAAGAAGCUAAUGUGGUCUUAUGUAAUUUGAUUGUAGUACAUCAUACCAGGUAGCCAGGUUGUGUAUUGUAACCUAUUGUUGUUGCCUGAAAGGCAUGUCUGUAAGAUUUACGUACUCUCUUCCAAUAGAAGAGUUUCUUUUGGACACCAUUGGCCUCCCCACUCCCCCAAUGCUUAAUGAUCUCUGAUGUGUUAAAAUCUUU